AUGCACCGAGUAACGCCCAAGAAGCUUUUCCGGCCCGCUGGACAGGUCAGGAGUGGAACGGCGACGACGGCGGCGGCAGUAGCAGCGAAGUGGCAGCAGCAGCCAGAAGUAAUGGUUGAAUGCGGCAACAACAACGGGGGAGAGAGAGAACGACCACACGUAAUGGAAGGCUCUUCCGGAGAAUCAGAAGGGAGCGUGUGUGCGAGAAGAGAGUGA